ACUCUCGCUAUGAUCAAAAUAGCCCGCAGCAAUGUCAAAGAGGAACUGCUCAUCCUCAGCGGCGUUACGGCGAGGUGGAAUGGAGACAGCAUCUUCGACUUCGACUCGACACGCAAAGCACGCGACGUCUUCACAUUCGCAGGACUUCCAUCCCAGUCAAUGGAACCUCCCCAAUGGGUAGACGUCAGCAGGGAUGUGGCUCGCGGUAUGGUUGUUGCCAUGAGUGACAAAGGGAUCACUACUAGACCUACGAACGCCUUGCUCGAGAAAAAAGUCAUUCCUCUUUUUCCGGAAGGGGUAUACCAGGAUGACUUCGGUCAACUGCUCGACCUUGUCCAGGCUUCAUCGUGCAAUGGUGAAACAGGAAACCAAGAGCUUCCCCAGUUACUGCCGUUGGAAUUUCCGAGAAUCGGAUACCACGCAGCUGCGGACUUGGCGUUUAGAGCUCCUGGUGGCAUCCACGGUUGUCACCAGCCACCUGUGCUCGCAGCACCGUCGUACCGUAUGAAGGCACUAGUAGCCGUCUCCAGGUGCCUGCUGGAAAUCUUCGACUAUCCAAAGAGCUCGUCAUCGAAUGUUCUGAACAAUGAGGCGACGGUGGCGACCUCCCGUCUAACAGGUGAACUUACGCCACUGCACGUCGAAAGGAAUUGCUUUGGCCUCAACCCGGAAACCACGGUCCCCGAUGGUGACAAAUUCAUGGAAUCCGACGACGAGGCUGACGGAAGGUCCUCUUGCGAAGGAGGUCGCGAGGUUCCGACCUCUGCCCCGACUGUCCCGACGAAGCGUAUAGAAAUUUCGAAGAAUGCGACAAACUUUGCGACGGACAACACUGUGAUUCCUUCCGGUGAAGCUGCGUUCAGGAGUAAUCCUAUAGAUGGCGCGAAGUCCUCACUUCUUUCUCCAGUCGCUCUUCCAAGGGUUGACUCUGGCGUUGAACACUUCAACAUGAACUUCACCGAUUCCGAAGGUGCUCGUUGCGACACUUCGAGCUCACUCGCUGUUGCGUUGUCACGGAUGAACAACACGAAUGCGCUUGCAAGUGCACGUCCAUGCUCGGAGUGCUACGAUCUAAAGGCCGGAAACCACGUAUCCUCUGCAGACGCACAGAUGAAGACCGAACCCAGCUCUCGAGUGGAAGAAGGAGAAGAAACGCUCCCUCUCUCCCAAUCAGGAGGAGAGAGCGACUCGUCAGGUUCUGUCUUCAGAACCCAGAACAAUUACGAAAGUGACUCGGUGCCUUGCACGCAGUGCCGCCUCAGCGAUGUGGAAGACCAAGAGCGCAGCUUCUACGAGGACGGGGACGCGGCGCCCGACGCGCUCCACUCGAUGACGCACGACAAGACAGGCUUGCCGGAACCGGCCGGAGGUUUCGAGCACAAAGACGAACAACGAGGCCACUACUUCCGCCUAGCUCCUCCCACAAGCGCGGAAAUCGAAGAAUUACGGAACCAGAUUCGACUGUUGGUGCAAAACCACGCCCUGCGCGCGAGCACGCCUCCAGUACGCGCUGACCGCCGAACGGGCUCUGCGUCGAGCUGCAGUCCUACGACAGACGAAGAGAGCUUCGAAGAGGACAGCGAAGACGACGAUAGUUCGCGCACUCUGCACACAACCAGCGAGUCGGAGCUGUCCGAGUACGAGGACGACCUGUUGUCCUGCUAUUCCGGUUACUCCGAUGGCUCGUCGUCUUCGAGCGUUUCGUGUGCUUCGGGUCCGCUUGACGGACUGACCGAGUACAGUCGUCGCGAAAUGGCGCACGCUGACGACGCGGAGUCAAAGGACGGACUGUUCACUCCCAUUGACUCAGCCGCGUCGUCACUGUGCAGAAAGAGGAAAAGGAAUUUUCCGCCAAGAGGGUGUUCGGAAUCGCCAACGGAAGAUCCCCUUGCGGAAAUCAAGAAGUCUCGCGUUUUCCAGCUGGAAAGCGCGGGACGUCCCAGCCUGCGCACAGAAGGGGAGUCGAACGACUUUCAUAUAGCAAGAAACGUUACAGUGGAAGCUGAAGACACCAGUAGUGCAAUAGCGUCCGUGGACAACGGUUCUUUCCACAGAGCGGUACUGUCACUGCACAGCUAUUGUAAAUAUAGCCCGAACAGACCAAGUAGCUUCCGUCCCGAAGAAGGUCCGGACGAGCGAUCCGCUAACUGCUCGAGUGAUGAUGAUGAUGCGAUGGAAAAACCGCCAGUGGAGCCUGAAGCGAACGUCGGCUGCAUUGAGCCGCGGACCCAUGAAGGAUCAACCAGCACUGGCGCUCCUAGCGAGGCAGUGGCAAAACUAGUGGAUUAUCCUCAACUGACUCCACCGGAGGAAGAGGGUAGCGGCGUUAACACUACACCUGGACAAUACCUACGCGAGGACACCCAAGGGCGUCCUCUUGCGGACGAACGGGGGAACAGCGGUACGCCCCGUAACAGCAGUGAGGCCGGGGCAGGGGCCUACAAGAAGGUCAUGGAAGUGUAUUUCGACGAAAACUCCAGGCACUUCCUCGUCGUCCCGGCGUCUCAGGAAUGUCUCAUUUUCGAGAACAGCGAGAACAUCCCGCCUGAAGAAGAUUCCAAAACCAAGCCGGCUUCACCGGGAAGGAUCAGUCGUGAACCGCAGGUGGAACUGUGCAAGAUCCAAGCUUUGAACGAGGAAGAGGCGUCUUGCAAAAGCGUCGCUUCCGGCGUCGCGAACACGCCCGAUGAGAAACGGAAGAAUCCGACGGAGGCCGAGUGUGAAGGUCCAAGAAGGAAGAUCCGCAGAAUCGGACUCCCCAAGGGCUACAAGGGUCGAGCUUUGCAUCCCAACUGGAAAUCAAAUGUCGACCAGUGAUGCGAAGUUGUCGUCUCCAGUUCUUUUACAAUAUUCAUUUCUUUGUUCACUUUGUUCCAUUCGCAAGUAGUUCCUUUUGCAAUGUAUUCCGUUAAAUAAACACUGCUUUCUGUGUUCUGGAAUGAGGAGCACGCCAGA